ACAAAAACAUUUCUGGCUCUGCACUAUUCAGAAAUGAUGGCCAAAUUCAUUGUACUGACCCUUGUAGCAAUGCUGGUGGUGGCAUGUGCGGCUUCUCCUCUGUCUAAAAUCAAACCUGUGAACACAAAAAGGUCAGCAGUUUCUCCAGAGAGCCCACCCGAGGCUCCCGAGAGCCUGCUGGCUCGUGUGAGGCGUUCAGUGGGGUUAUCGGAGGAUCAGCGAGAGCUUAUGUCCCGUCAGCUCCUGCAGGCACUAUCAGAAAUCAUCCAACGGGAGGACUGCCUCUCAGAUUAUCAAGGCUGGGUAGAUUUUGGGCGCCGGAGCUCAAACUGAUAUUUACUACCUGGUAAAAUAUGUAAAAACACUGUACUGUGAUACU